AUGAGGUCGUCGUGGUCAAUACGUGCGGUCCUCUUUGCCGCAACCGCUACCGCAGCUUCAAGCUCAAACACCGCAGCAGACUGCGGAUGUGGAAAGCCACUCCCCAAAGGCGUCGAGCUCGACAAGUCCGUCGACCUGACAUUGGACAGUGAAAGCGGUGUCUCGCCCCGCAAAUACCGUCUACACAUUCCUCCCUCCUACGAUGACAACAAGCCCGUUCCGCUCAUCCUCUCCUUCCACGGCCGGGGCAAGACCGCAAAGUACCAAGAAGCUCUGAGUCAAUUCUCCAACGCAAGCUACGGCUUUGAAGGCAUCGUUGCGUACCCUGAAGGCGUGCCGAACAGCAAAGGCACACAGCAGUACGAGGGCGACCCCGACUCUCCUCCCUCCAUCUCCGACGUAAAAUUCACGCUAGAACUCCUCGACCACCUCCAAUCAACCUACUGCAUUGACCCCACCCGCAUCUACGCAACCGGGAAAUCAAACGGCGGAGGCUUCACCGGCGGCGUGCUCGCGUGCGACGCAGACGCCAGCUCGCGAAUUGCUGCUUUCGCGCCUGUCUCUGGCGCUUUCUACCUCGACGCAGACCAGCAGCCCUUACCUUGUAAUCCCAGCCGCCAAGUCCCUAUCAUGGAAUUUCAUGGUCUGGAGGACGCGACGAUACCAUAUGCCGGCGGGAUUAACACGAGAGGGAAUGCGAAUUCGAGUGAUGUUGUUACGUGGGUGAGGGAUUGGGUGGAGCGAGACGACCUUGACGUCAACGCGAACAAGACGACCUCUCUUUGUAAGGGGAGCAAGAAGGUUACGAGGUAUAGCUGGGACGACGUGGUUAUGCAUUACAAGUAUGAGAAUUUGGGACAUGAUUGGCCGAGUUCGUUUGCAAAUGGCGAUACAGGGGAUGAUGAGGGUGUUUUGACGUGUAAGGAGGCCGAGGCGACGAGGAUUAUUUUGGAGUGGUUUGGUGGGUUGACGCUUUAG